AUGGAUCUGAUCGACCACCUGAGCGUCAAGAAACCUCUCACAACAGGCCUGGCGAAAAGAUUGGAGAGUAUAGAGCAGGAUGAUAGCUUCAACCUCGGGGGAACCGGGUUUUUGUUCAAUAAUAACUCCGUAUUUAAAAAUGUGAGAGAUAGACUAUAUGGAAACGAGAAGGACAAUGAAAAGGCCCAAGAUGAUUUUGAAAAUGGUUCAGAAGACGACAUAAUUGCCCCAACGCAGAAGAUCACCCUUGCUUACGAUGGCGAGAAUUUAGAACAAGAUUUCCCGAAACAGCGCGAGAGCAUCGAAUUUACGCGUGAGAAUCAUUCACACCAAAGAGAGCUCUCGAAGCACAGAAAUAUCGGUGUCACAUCAGCAAACAAUGAGGCUACGCAAAUUGUUCAACAACAACCUGAUACUAUCGGAGAUGAAGGUAGCAACCAGGUACUCGAAACUCAAAUUAUGCCAGAGGAUUCCCCUGACAUAUUUACUGACGACGACUUUGAAUUGACCAAGCGCGACCUCACUCAGAGCAACCAUGAACUGGAAUCCGGCGGGAGUGCUUUGAAAGCUACUGUCCAAGAUGUUAAUGCUGCUUUACCAUUAAAUGCCAAUGAGCUGCUGCCGCAUGACGGGGAAGAAGGUGAGAGGCACGAAUUCAGCCCAAAGGAAAGUGAGGCUGUAAGAGACAGUGAUGAUUUUCAGCAAAUACCGGCUGCGGGUACCAAAUUCACCACGCGCGAUUUUGUAAAUGGCUUCGAUGACGUUUCGGACAGCGAUGAAGAUGCCAUUAAUUUGAACAAUGAAUCAGCUAUAGCGACUUCGCAGGCGGAUGGAGAUAGAAUCGAAGUUCAAACAAAAAAGUUUCUUAACAGCUCAUCAGGCUCACAAAGUACCAUACAACUUCGCUCUCUAAAGGUCUAUCAGGGCACAUUGCGGCAGCAGCUUCAAGAAAAGGAAGUAGUUGCUCUUUCUUCUAGCUCCGACGAAGAAACAGCAACUGGCGCUGACUUAAAGGGCUCAAAAGCAGCUGUUUUUGAUUUGAAGGCACGGCUUUCUAAGAGGAGGCAGAAUUCAAAAAUGAGUAACAGCAAAAGCUCUUCGGCAUCAGCAUCUCUGAAGACGUUGUUCCACACAUUGCGAAAGGCGAAUAAAGAACAAAUAAUGGACUAUCGGAAGGGAAAGCUUGCGUUGAAUGGUAUUGACUUUGCGGCAAUAGCUGACGAAAAAGAGUCAGUAGAGUCUCUGCUAGAUAGGGAGCUGGCAAGGAACAAAAGGAUAAGACAGCGGGAAUUGCAGCGAGAGAAGGAGAAGGGAGCUUCAAAGGACAACGAUGACGCAAUGUCUAGCGAUUUGGAUUUCAGCAAUAAUGAGUUCGAAGGUGAGGAUUCCGAUGAGAACAACAGUGACCUUGAUCGUGAUCCUGAGGAUAUCCAUACGACAAACAAUGAUGCCAUUGAUGGAAAUCAAGAUUUGCACGAGAGCUCUGCGAAGAAGGUAGAGGCUGAUAUUACCGAAGGUACCGAGAUUAAUGAAACUGCUUUCGAUGGCGACCUCGAGCUAGCAAAAGGGCAUCAUGACGAGAAGAAUAAUACUGGGCGUGUCUCAAGCACAGCAUUUGAAGGGCGGCAGGAAAACAAGGGAGGAAAUGAAUCACAAUCACAAGAAAAAGAAGGAGGAGAAGAAGACGAAGAAGAAGAAGAAGAAGAAGAAGAAGAAGGAGAAGAAGAAGAAGAAGAAGAAGGUAUCCAGCUUUCAAGGAAGAGCAGAAGACGCCAGCUUGAAGAAUUCGAGUCCGACAACGAGAACCUUCAACGACGGUCAACUGAAAACGUUAUUGACCUCGGCGCUUACGGAGAUAAUAUCUCACAUUCUAUAGCAGAUACCAGUCAUCAAAGCGCAGAACUUCUGGCGCCAAGGAGGUCAUCUUUUUCAGAAACGGAAAAUGGGGACAGAUCUUCUUUGACUGCCAAAACACAUGAACAGGCUGAACAGGACACAGAACUUCUUAGGGCGAGGAUUCAAAAAAUUAUAGAAAGACGCAAAAAUAGGGAAGCAAAACGGGCAAUUCGUAUGCAUAAGCUUCGCCACAGCAAGGCUAAUGAGAUGAUGGAAAUGGAAGCCGAAGAGUCCGAAGACGAGUGGUAUGGCGUGGGAGGCCAUGACGGGGAAGCAUCAGAAGAUCACGACUCUGAGCUUGAGGCUAUGAUCGAUGAUUACUCUCACUCGAACUCGAACUCCGACGAGAUUCGCCAGAAGCUUAUUGAGGAGGAUAUCAAUAAGGACAAAGACUUAGUCAACAAAAUAUUGCAUGACAUCGAAAGCGGUGGAUUUAGGAAACGUGGUCGCGGUGCACUUGAUCUUGAACUAAGUGACGAAGAAGACGACGAGCUCCUCAAAUAUCAUGCUAGAAGAAAAAAAGAGUUUAGGCAAAAACUGAGCCUCGGUGCCCUUGGCGGAACAGCAAUCGCGAACCCCAAAGCAAAGCCAUUUUUCGAAUGCGCUGUGGAGGACUUGGAUGAGAAAACCAAUUUUUUGAGCGAAGACGAAUUUGAAAACAAGAAAACAGACAUAGAACAGACUCCCCAAGAGGCUUCAAGAGCGCCAAAAAAGAGAACCACUCUUUCUGAAGCUUUCGUUCAAGAGACCCUUUCUUUCUUGACCUCUCGAGACAAGGAGCCUCAUCUGCUGGAAUCAGAAGUCGCCACUAGUUCACAUGCCAGGGACGGAGAAGAUGACGAAGAACUGGAUUUGCACAGCCUUAAGCAGCGGAGUACCAUAAAGAUCUUCUCUAAUGCGUCCAUCGAAUUGAAUGCCACAAGUGGAGACGACUUUGAACAAGCCGCGUUCGAAAAGAAAGCUGGUUCGAUUUUCAGUAGGUUCAAGCAUCACAAAGAGGCCAGCGAAAUGUUCAAAGAGGGUCAAAAAACGGUCAAAUCUGCGAAAACAUAUAAAGUAGCAGGCUCCAGCAGAGCAUCCAUCACAUACUUGGGAAGAGCUCGGAAGUUAACAACUGGCAAGAAGGCAAUCAAGUUACGCUCUAAGGCGAUCAGACGAAAGCACCCAUCAGAUCCACUACCAGGUGCUCGAAACGAAGGCGGCUUUGAAACAUGA